AGCUGAAAUCCUCUCAGAGACUGAAUUUAUUAAAGAGAACAGAGAGAAGAUGAGAGAAAAGAGAGACAGAGAGAAGAUGAGCGAUCCAGAGCCCUGCAGAAUCAAACACACACAAGACACUGAAGAACUAACAGAGCUGAUGGAAGAGAGCGAGGAGAGUGAAGAACUGAGUGAAAUGGAGGAGGAGCAUCAUGACAAACCUGGAGAAAACCCUUUGAGUCGCUCAAAGAAUAAUAAAACCAUUUUAAAGAAAAGAAAAGCCAAUAAAUCUUUAACCUGCACUCAGUGUAGAAAGAGUCUCUCAACCAAACAAAGUCUCGAGCGUCACAUUAGAGUUCACACCGGAGAGAAACCGUUCACAUGUGAUCAGUGCGGAAAGAGUUUCACAUCCAAAUUAUAUCUUGAAUGUCACUGGAGAGUUCACACUGGAGAAAAGCCGUUCACAUGUGAUCAGUGCGGGAAGAGUUUCCUACACAAACAAAGUUUUAAGCGUCACAUGGAAAUUCACACUGGAAAGAAGCUGUUCACGUGUGAUCAGUGCGGAUAUGAAUUCACAGAAAAAGCCAACCUUAAGAAACACAUGACAAUCCACACUGGAGAAAAGCCGUUCACCUGUGAUCAGUGCGGGAAGUGUUUCUCAUACAAAACUGCUCUCGUGUCUCACAUGAUCGUUCACACCGAUGAGAAGCCGUUCAACUGUGAUCAGUGCGGGAAGAGAUUUAAAACAAAAAACAGCCUCGAGCUUCACAGGAGAGUUCACACUGGAGAAAAGCCGUUCACGUGUGAUCAGUGUGGGAAGAGUUUCAGACAACAAGGAAACCUUAAAGGACACAUGAGAGUUCACACCAGAGAGAAGCCAUUCCCAUGUGAUCAGUGCGGGAAGAGUUUCUCACACAAAACAAGUCUUGAGUGUCACUUUAGGGUUCACACCGGAGAGAAGCCGUUCACAUGUACUCAAUGUGGAAAUAAAUUCACUGGAAGUGGAGCCCUUAAAAAACACAUGACAAUCCACACUGGAGAAAAACCGUUUUCAUGUGAUCAGUGCGGGAAGAGUUUCUCAAACAAACAAUGUCUUAAGCUUCACAUGAGAUUUCACACUGGAGAGAAGCCGUUCACGUGUAAUCAGUGCGGGAAGAGCUUUACACAAUCAACAAACCUUCGAGUACACAUGAGAAUUCACACAGGAGAGAAGCCGUACUCAUGUGAUAUAUGUGAAAAGAGAUUCACACACACAAAUACUCUCGAGUUACACAUGAGGAUCCACUCCGGAGUGAAGCCGUUUAUGUGCGAUCAGUGUGAAAUGAGAUUCUCAAACAAAAAUAGUCUUGAGGUUCACAUGAGAGUUCACUCUGGAGAGAAGCCGUUCACGUGUGUUCAGUGCGGGAAGAGCUUCAGACAAAAACCACACCUUAAAGCACACAUGCAGAUCCACACCGGAGAGAAGCCGUUCACAUGUGAUCAGUGCGGGAAGAGUUUCAGAAGCAGACCUCAUCUUCAUGUUCACACGAGUACCCACAACGGAGAGAAGAAACACAAGUGUGAUCAGUGCGGCAAAACAUUUCUUAGGUCAUCAAGCCUGAAGUCACACCUGACAGUUCAUACCAAGGAGAAACCACAUUCCUGUUCUGUAUGUGGAAAGAGUUUUUCUCAGCUACAGAGUUUACAUUUACAUGAGAAAAUACACACUGGUUUGAGAGAGUACAUGUGCUUUGAGUGUGACAAGACUUUUACUACAGCGAGACAAUUAAAACUGCACCAGAGAGUUCACACUGGAGAGAAACCUCACAAGUGUUCACACUGUGACAAGAGAUUCACUCAGUUAGGGAAUAUGAAAAUACAUGAGAAGACCCACAGCAGAGAGAAACCGCAUACCACGUGUGAUCAGUGCGGAAAGUGUUUCUCUUUUAAAAGUAAUCUGAAGCGACACAUGAAGAUCCAUACAGUGAAGUAACCACAUCACUGCUGUCUAUUUGUGACCAAUCAGUUUAUGCCAUGUAGGAAACGUGUUUAAUGGGAUCUUUGCAGGAUGUGUAUGUGUUAUUGUUAACUUGUUAUAGCACCCGAUAUCAUUGCUCUUUUGUCUGUUUUAAUUGCUUCUAAUGUGCUCAUUUGUAAGUCACUUUGGAAAAAAGCAUCUGCCAAAUGACUAAAUGUAAAUUAAUUCAUGCACAGAUUCUAGAAAAACACUGGCAAUGUGAAUGAACUGAAAUGUUCUUUAUUUACAAAAGUUUUAAUGUCAGCUGUCGUAAUUUCCUCAACAAACUAUGUAUCAUUAACUCUUUCCAUGCCAAACCAGAAUUUUCCGUGUUUCCUUGUUCUUGCAGUUACAUGAUCAGAGCACUAUUGCGCUAUUGCAUCCUGAAUGAGUUUAGUAUAACUUGAUCAAAAACACAGACAAGGAAGAUGCAGAAACGAGUGAUCUAGUAGUAAGCAUAUCCAUAUGAAAAAUACUGUGUUCAUCAAUAAUAAACAUUGAAUGAAAUCUGCCUAAUGUUACCAUGUGAAAUUUGGGUCCUGGAAGUGGUGAAGGACUGUGCAAGCUUUAGAUAUGCUGAUGGAAGUUAUGUACUGCUUUUUUGCUGUUGUAAUAGUACUGAAUAUGAUCCAGAUGUAGCAUUUGAUUAAAAUUAGUUUUUUUCAGCUUUUUGCUCAAAAUGUUUUUUCUUUAUGAAACAUACCCACAUUCAAGUAUUUAUAUAAAAAAAAGAAUGCUUUAAGCAAUUGCUUAUUUUGUGUAAAAGUAGAGGGUCUGUUCUUUAUUUUGAUGUAAUGCAUGUUCAGAUA